CCCGGUGAGGACGAUCGCGUCGCGACAGUAGCGAGCGAGCCAGCUGCCAGCCGCCCAGAGACCUGACGAGCAAUGGCGAUGCUGACUGACCAGGGAUCGAUACGCUGCACGCCUCACUACAGCUGAGCUUGUGAUCGGCACCUCUGAUAGGCUGGCUCAUCGUCACAGGCACGCUUGGGAUGAGCUUGCACCGUCACCGCGAGCCAAGAACAGCAAUUGUUGACAAGCCCAGCCUGCCGUCUGCGUCUCGGACACUCCUCAAUCAGAACAGAGACCAUAGGCUGACCCUCGACGGCGAGCCGCUCGAGCAGGGCAAGCCCUUCCGGCCAGACUCCGGCGCAGUGAGCUUUCCCGCGCAGUCGCCUGCCUUUCCGCCUCCAUCACUGGACGGUCUAGCACCUCUGCCUGCCCCCAUCAAGGAAGCAGGGCGACACAAACGACACGCCUCUGCUGCAUCGAGCUUCCAUCUUCCCACAGCCCGAGCCAGCGCGCUCGCCCACCGGAUCAGCCUCGAGUCGGUCGACACCGCCAAGACUGCUGCCCACGGCCGCGAGGAGGGAGCCAUGAUUGCUACGCGAUCGAGCUUGCCGCCCAAGUCGGCUCGCAGACCGAGUGCGCCUCAGAUAGAUGGGCCUGCAGAAGCGAGCACGUCUGCCAGCUCUCCGAGACUAGCAACUGGCGAUUACACGAGCAGGCCGACCUCCUCUUCGGCCGUUUCGCCGAGUCAGGGUUCCUCAAAGGUCCUUCUGACGACUGCAUUGCAGACCGCACAAAAGGCAGUCGAGUACGAUGGCGACAACCGCGUGCACGAGGCCCUGCAGGCCUACAAGACUUCCGUCGAUCUCUUGCAGGAGGUCAUGACGCGCGUCGAAGAGACGGCGCUCACUCGGCGGGCGAAGGCCAUAGAGCGGGAGGACCGGCUUGCGCAGACUGCCCUUGCCAAUCCCGAGUCGGAAGAGGCGCGUCAAGACAGGGUCAGAGCGGCGGAGAAGGCAGAGAAGCGCGAGAAGGACCGUCUCGAAGAGGGUCGUCGCCUCAAAGUGAUUCACGACACUUACACGGAGCGGAUCAAGAUGCUGCAGAUUAUUGUAGAUACACAGACCGCCGAGCUUGUGCCUGUCAAGAGCCAAUCCACACAGAGUAGCCGAGACUCGGUAGAUCCGACAGACACAAGCGCUAUCGGACAGGCUAUGCUCAUGCCUGCUUCGCCGCAGAGGUCCCUGCAGCCCAUCAAAGCCAACGAAGUCAUGCCGCCUAUUGCGGCAGGCUCGAGCCUCAGGUCCAGUGUCACAGUCGAUGCGCCUCGGUACGGGCAUGCACACAAGCGCUCGAGUGGGCUUUCCGGCCGGUUCAAGCGUCGCAGCAAAGACUCGAGCCAUCGCGAAUCACAACUGCUAGGCGGUGCUGAGAGCAGCGUGCCCAUGUCGCCCGAGGCCAGUCAGACGCCCAGUAUGGCAUCCGUCGGCGAAGCGCAAGAUGCCGUCAUGAUGCGCACAGAGAGUACAGUCACGUAUACUUCAGUGACUGCAGUGCAAGGCACAGACGACGAGCGGGGACCGGCCACAACCGUCCGGACAGCAAGCUAUCCUAGGCGCAAGCCCCCGCCUCUGGGUCCGCUUCCUCGACCGGGCUCGGUGGCAGGCUCAAGGGCGCUUUCACCUCAUCCUUCAGAAGCUUCCUCCCUGUCACGCAAGUCUUCGAUCUCGGCCAGAGAAUCAAUCACGGAAGAGCAAAGGCGCGAGCUGUUACUAGGUCAGCAGGAGCUUCACCAGGCAAAUACUGGAUCGUCGACUGCAAUGGGACGGACACGCUCUUUCUCGCAGCCGAUCAAGAAGGCUGUUCCGCCUCCUGUCGGACCACCGCCAUCUGCUCCACUGCCCGCGCCGAAAGUCUAUCCGGGCCUCAGCAUGGAAGGCGUCGAUUCUCGCAGGGCUCCUUACGACAGCCUUACGCACGGCAAUGUUCCAGAAACGCCGACUUCGGAUCCUUUCCCUUCUGAUCUGGGCGCGACAAUCAUCGAACAGCGCUCUGCAGCUGGACAAGUGGCGGAUCUGCUGACGCUGCCUAGCAGUCCCCUCAGACGGCCACUACACAUCUUGCGUUUGCUAGAGAUGUCCAUUACUGAUGGCGGCUUCGUCACGCCGAGGCUGUUCAUCCCGCCGCAGAUAUGGGCGCAGUCUAGGAUCAAGUUGACCGCAACAGAAACGAAACUGAGGAUACUCGAAGCUGUCUCACAAGGACUGGAAAUACUUGAGAAGGAAGGCCGCGAUAUGCUCAAGCCGUCGAGUAACAGGACGCCUUAUCAGGCAGCAAAAGGAUUCGCGAAGGAGCUAGAGAGCUUUGGAGACUUGCUGGACGAGCUACAGGGUGACUCGGCGAAGAAGCUUGGCUUCACGGACACGAGUCGGAAAAAGUCUUUUGGCGCUUCGUGGAGUUCGAAGCUGUCAAAGUCGAUUGCUGGCAUGACGAGCAGCAAGGGGCUUGAGUCGCCUGGCGCAUACACGAGUUCUCUUGCACGGUGCUUCGCCCAAGCGCAAUCACUGGAUCCUCACUGUCAGUGCCUAGAGAGUCCGGAGAAAACACGGUACGCCGAAGUACCGGCAGAUCUGCGGAAGCAGAUUGACGCGCGACUCCGACGAAGCUCAGAUUUCUUCGCGAGCAUUGUGAUACCGUUUGUGAUGCAAGAUCUUGCGCUCAUGCUCGACAAGUAUGCCAAGCGAGCGGCGAGCUGGUGUGCUGACUAGCCUCGCCAUUCUUGUUGUACAUUGCAAGUCUUUUGAACUCCC